AUGACAAACUGCACCCGACUCAUAACAUUCCACUGCCUGAAGAAGACGGACAAAGACGAGGACGAGACUAAAGACGCUGUUCGCUGUUUGAAACCACCAGACAGACGGACCUUGCUAUUCAACGCUGGAGAACCGCCUGCGUUCACGAUCCAUCCAGUUCAACACUUCGAGGACAGACGCAGCACUGCGGGAACGAUCAACAGCCAGCUCAAGGAAGAGCAGCUUGAGGAGACUACCAUCUCCACCGCCUCCAAGUCUGCUAGCGAUAUACACGCUAUGCGUUUGUGUUGGUUUGCUUGCAUAACGCUUCUAAAUUCCAGAGUUCGAGAUGUGGGUGCCCCGGCCCGCUGCGAACAAAGAUCGACGCCCCUUGUCAAACCAGUGCCUUACCUGGUUGAGAUAUAUAAUUUCUACAUAUACCUUCAUUAUCUUUUCCUUUGGCGAACCUUGAGCUUUGAAUGCGUUUCUCUGGCCGAUGAAUCGCCUGACCAUUACCUCGCCUAUAACCGUGGAGUCUCCUUUGAUACCUUCGACAACAGAGAUGCCACCGAAUUCUCGUUGACGUUGAACUACAAACAUAAAGAUUACAGGAAUACGCGCCGCAGUCGGACCUUCCUUUGCGGCACUGACCAGAACGAUUAUUCGGACUUUGCUCUGGAAUGGCUUAUCGACGAACUGGUAGACGACGGAGAUGAGGUUGUUUGUCUACGGGUUGUGGACAAAGACUCUAAGAUUGCGAGUGAUUCCGGUGUUGAAGAAGGCAGAUAUAGACAGGAGGCAGAGAAGCUACUUUCGCAGGUGAUUGCAAAGAAUAAACACGAUGAGAAGGCCAUAAGUUUGGUCAUGGAACUUGCGGUUGGUAAGGUUCAGGAGAUCAUUCAGCGGAUGGGUCUACUUCCUGGUUCUGUAUCGAAAUACUGUCUGCAACAAUCGCCUAUUCCCGUCAUAGUUGUGAGGCCAUCGAGUAAGCGGGAAAAGAAGAAGCAAAAACGUUUGGCUGCCGACCCCGCCAGAAAGAGUUACAGUCAAUUUUUGAAGAUGAGUGAGUCCCGAGGGGGCUUGGGCAUUGAUAGUUCACCCAGUGGGAAUAGCAGCACUUCCAAACUUCCUGGCGAAGAGGAAGAGACAGGCGAGCCUUCAACCGUAGCCAACACCAUUAUAGCUUCCUCCACCAAUGGAGACACCGAGGAGAAUGGCCAUGAUCCCCAGUCUUCUACGCCAAAGGGCUCCUCCGGCGAUGCCGGUAACGACGAUGAUGACGACGACAAUAACGCGGCCGGAACCAGAAGAAAUUCUACUGUCACGGAAAUUGAAUCACCUCUAAAAAGCCCGUCUUGUCCUGUCCUGGAGAGCCCCAACAUGAGCGCUAAUGAAGAUGAAGAGGACGUUGAAGACGAGGAUGAUGAUAACGAUGGAGGUGAAGGUGAUAUUACCUACACAGAUACAAGUUCUCGGUUGACUUCUGCAACGUCGAUUGCAGAUACAGACUCCAAGGGCGAUUCAGCGGAGGAGACAUCCGCAUCUCAGUGUGGUGAUACACCAACAAACAUGGAAAGCAAGGAUCGUACGAGCAAUAGCAAUGGCAGUGCGGAUGAGACCCAGGAUGGUGGUAGUAACAUCGACCUGCCUAAUUAUGAUCCUGCAAAUCCUAGCUCCACUGAGGAUUCUGCCUUAGCUCAUGUCCCCGACCUUGCUGGACAAUCAGUUGAUAAGUCGUCAGCAUCAGGGGCAACAUACCAUCGCCACAAAUCACUUGCUGGAUUGGUUAUAUUUCCAAGUUUCGCAACAACUCAUACAUUGAUGGCCCUACACCCGACCAUCACUCCGAUAUACAUACUGCGCUGGCUUCCACCCUCUAGUUGGAUACAAGAUCCAAAUGCCCCCUCCUCUCCUCAAGUCAAGGUUUUUUCUCUCCUGCAGGCAUCAUCAGAUGCUAACCCCUUAGCUCGACGCUCCACGUCCUCUGGUUUUGUUCUCUUCCCACGUAAUGCAACUGUGCAAUUUUGGCGUUCAGAUGGCCGGGAAUUGAUGCCGGUUAUCCAGGCUGGUUGUUUCUCUCUUUUCUUUUUCUUCUUUUUCUUUUGUUUCUAUGAAUUUUCUGUAGGAAAUUUAAGCCUUUAUUUCCAUUUCGCUCCGUAA